AUGAGAUCUGGGCUUGUUCUCCUCAUGGGGCUCCUUGCUCUUUGGAUGGAGCUGACUUCUGCAUCUCAUCCAGCGAAAGGUGGUGCAGGCAAGCCCGGAAUCUGUCCCCAUCCAAGUGUUGGGAUCUGUCCAGACAGGUGUAAUUCAGAUGACGAUUGCACUGGCAACCUGAAGUGCUGCAGAAUUGGCUGUGGCCGCACCUGCACGAAGCCAAUAUUCCCUGAAAAACCUGGCGAGUGCCCCAAGUUCAAAAUCAAGCCUGGGAUGCCAUGCAAAAGGAACUGCUGGCACGACCACGACUGUAAGGGGACGGACAAGUGCUGUACACAGGGCUGUAGCAAGAUCUGUUUUGCCGCAGGUCUCCCAUCUCCCCCUGAGGGUCAGCUCCUGCCACCUGUUGGAGAUGGAGUUCAUGUGCAUUGACCUUUUGCACCAACUAUCCUAAUGACCUCUAGGGGCAUUGGGAGUAGAGACAGUGAGUCAGGGUCUCCCUAUCUGUCCCUACUCUAUGACUGAUCUGACUCUUCAGCACUUCCUAUGCUGAGUCACAAUCCUUCCUUUCCUCUUAGAGAGUAGAUGGAAACAUCUCUCUCUCUCUCUCUCUCUCUCUCUCUCUCUCUCUCUCUCUCUCUCUCUCUCUCUCUCACCUAUUCAUUAUGUAGUCCUUUAGAUUAGGAUUGGGUCUUUCCUAUCCAAGUGUACUUAACCAAUAAAUACU